UGGCUUAAUUGGUUCAAUUCUCAAUUUACCUGGUGCCUCGAAAGUAUUUAAGAAAUUAGAAGGUUUUGCUUUGAAGAUAAAAAAUUAUGAACCGAUUUGUCCAUUAUACGAAUCUUUAACAUUAAUUUGUGAUAAUAUUUUAAAUAUGGAUUUGAAAUUGAGUUCAAAUAAUUCAGUGGAAUUAUUAGCAAAACUUAUUGGUGUUCAAAAACGUUUAGAAAAUCUAUCAAUUAGUGCUCGUCAUGUAGAUUGUGGUUUAUUAUUAUGGAAUAUUAUUAGUCAAAAAGAAACAUUAAAGAGUCUUCAUCUAUAUUCA